AAAACAUAAUACAGUGCAAAAAACCAAACCAACCACCCACAGAUAACAGUACAUACAAGCAAGCGUCGUCAGGCAGGCCGGUCAAUAUCAAUAGGGCAGGUAGGUACAGGGGGAGCAAGCUGUGAGAUGGGUCGGGGUCACAGGCCAGGUUCAGCAGGUAGCAAGCAGCGUGGUACAGAGGGUCAGGCUAGAGGGGAUGGUCAGGAGCGAGCCGGGAUCAGAGCAGGAGAAGUCUGCAGCAGCGGUUCAGAUCAGGCAGGGUCAGCAAAGGAACAGAAACAGUAUGCCAGGACAGACAGUUACAGGCCCCAGGCACAAACACAACUCACCAACGGCAGUGUCUGCAAGUCUGGGCCC